AUGCACAGGCAUACCUUUUUUGCGCUACUAAUUGCUAAUGGAAUACCAUCAAAUGGUCCAGUUGCUAUAUUUUGGGACAUGGAGAACUGUCCCAUUCCAAGUAAUGUACUUCCAGAAGACGCGGCUGGUAACAUCAGAAUGGCAUUACGCCACUCUGCUAUCAAUGGAGCUGUUAAUGUGUUAUCUGCAUAUGCCGAUUUUAAUGGAUUUUCUCGCUCUCUACGAGAAGGGUGCCAAAGGACGGGGGUGAAGCUUAUAGAUGUCCCUAAUGGUAGAAAAGAUGCUGUUGAUAAGGCUAUAUUAGUUGAUAUGUUUCUUUUUGCACUUGAUAAUCCUCCACCAUCAUCCAUUAUGCUGAUUUCGGGUGAUGUGGAUUUUUCUAACUCACUUCAUGUACUUGGUCAACGCGGCUACACUAUUAUAGUUGUGUUUCCAUUUGGGGCCAAUGUUUCAUCUCCCUUGAGUAAUGCCGGGAGUUAUGUUUUGGAUUGGUAUAGUGUGGUUCGUGGUCAAGGUUUUUCGCCAUCUAUAAGAUCCCACGAAUUUGUAAAGGCCAAAAAUGACAAAAUAGUUGUACGUGAAAUGAUUUCAACGAGAAUUCAAUCUUCACUUAAAGCACAACCUUUAGAUUUGAAUGGUUUGAAGAGUCAAUUAGUAAAGAUUCUAAAAACUUCAGGGGGUCUUUUGUCCUUAGCGCGGCUUGCUUCCAUGUACAAGAAAACUUUUGGCAAACCCCUAAAUGCUUCAGAGUAUGGAACUUCGAAACUAAUGAAACUUUUGAAGAAAAUGAGUGAUGUGAUUUCCGUAGAAGACCAGGGCACGGAGAAAGUUGUAGUAUUGCUCAAAAAGCACUCGAAAAAGACCACAAAGUGUGGUUUGAUCUUAAAGAAAGAUAAAAGUUUAGUAAAAAACAAUAAGUUCUUGUUUUCGACAAGCUAG